UAUUGAAAUUGGUCUGGGUCGAACAGGAUCACAGAACACCGCUUCUCUAUUGCUGCACAUUGUCGGGUAUUCCGCAAAACCCGAUCACUUGAAACACAAUAAGCAGACACAAAGGAAAGGACAUAGUACCACAAUAUAUUUUUAAAGGUGGAACACGUUUUUCUUAUAAAAGAAAUACCGUCCGUUUGUGCGUGUUAAGCGUUGUAAAGUAGGUGUUUAACUACAGUAUAACUGUCCAACUACAGUAUAAAGUAGCCAUGCAUCUGCACAUUAUAAUGCGCGCUAGCAUUGGAUUAGUCGGUUUCUGUCUGCUUGCCUUUGUCCAACAGCCAGCUCGCGCUUCAGGAGGCAAAUCCACUCAAGAUGUGGAUGAGUGUGCAGAGCAAAUUGACAACUGCAGCACCGAUGCCAUCUGCCAGAAUACACUCAAGUCAUACAAAUGCAUCUGCAAGUCGGGCUACAAGGGGGAUGGCAAGCACUGUGAAGAUUUAGACGAGUGUGCGAGUGAGUACAACGGUGGCUGUGUCCAUGACUGCAUCAACAUCCCGGGGAACUACAGGUGCACAUGCUAUGACGGCUUCCGGCUGGCACACGACGGACACAACUGCCUUGAUGUGGAUGAGUGUUCGGAGGGUAAUGGUGGCUGUCAGCAGAUCUGUGUCAACAUGAUGGGCAGCUACGAGUGCCGCUGCAGAGAAGGAUUCUUCCUGAGCGACAACCAGCACACCUGCAUCCAAAGGCCCAAAGCACGACCAGAGAGCACCAAAGAGGGCCCCACCUGCAUGGAUAAGAACCAUGGCUGUGCUCACAUCUGCCGGGAGACACCAAAGGGAGGCGUCGCCUGCGAGUGCAGGCCUGGCUUCCAGCUCACCAGGAACAUGAGGGACUGCAAGUUGACCUGUAACUACGGCAACGGGGGUUGCCAGCACAUCUGUGAGGAGACGGACCACGGCCCCAGAUGUGCGUGUCAUAUGAAGUUUGCCCUGCAAACCGACGAAAAGACAUGUGUAGGGGAGAGGAGUCUCCAGAACCAGGCAGCCCCACAGCUGUUCCACAAUGAGACGUGUUUAGUGAACAACGGUGGCUGUGACAGCACAUGUCACGAUGCAGUGACCGGAGUCCGCUGCAGCUGUCCUGUAGGCUUCACUCUCCAGCCAGACCGCAAGACCUGCAAAGACAUUGACGAGUGUCGCCUGAACAACGGGGGGUGUGAUCACGUAUGUCGGAACACAGUGGGCAGCUUCGAGUGCAGCUGCAAGAAGGGCUACAAGCUGCUGACCAAUGAGAGGACAUGCCAAGACAUUGACGAGUGUUCUUUUGACCGGGCGUGUGACCAUUCCUGCGUCAACUCCCCCGGCAGCUUCCAGUGCUUCUGUCAUAAAGGCUAUGUUCUCUACGGUCUGGCACAUUGUGGAGAUAUUGAUGAGUGCAGUAUAAACCGAGGUAGCUGUAAAUAUGGCUGUGUUAACACUCAGGGCAGCUAUGAGUGUACUUGUCCAACUGGAUACAAGCUGCACUGGAACAGGAAGGACUGCAUUGAGCUGGUGAAAUGUCUGCCUGGCCUAGCUCCCAAGACCACUCUGACCUGCAGUAAAACAGGCAAGAAAGAGAGCUGCUCCCUCACCUGCACCUCCAAGGCUCACUAUCUGGCAGAAUCUGACAGCAGCUAUACAGUGAGCUGUGGCAUCCCCAUCCUACGAGGCAAAUCCCCAGCCAGACUGAACACAAGCAGCAGUCCGAGCUGCAUAGAAACAGGGGCCCCUCCAGUGAAGCAGACCGCCUCUUUCAAGAUCAAAGAUGCCAAGUGCCACCUGCACCCCAAGCUGACAGGCAGGGCUGAGGACAGGGGCCGAGCGCUGGGGCCAGGUGAGGGGCCACAUCUGGCCUACAUUCCAGACCUUGGAAGUGGACAGCCCUGCAAUAACUGCCUGGUUACGUUUGUCAACCUCAAAUGUGACUCCUCCAAGAAGGCCAAAGGGCGUCGUGUCCGUAACCCCACCAACAAAGAAGUGACACGCAUCACCCUGGAGCUCGAGGCGGAGGUCAAGCCAGGAGACACCACAGGGAGCUGUAACCUGAGUUGCCUGCGCCAGCGCAUGGAGAAGCAAGUGAAGACAUACAUCAAGGCCCUGAAGAAGUCGAUCAACCAGGAGCGUUUCCUGAUCCGCGUGGCUGGGCUGGAGUACGAGGUGGCCCAGAAGCUGCCCCAGGUCGCCUCAGGCCACCAGAACUGUGGUCCAGGACGGGAGAAGGACAGCGGACGCUGUGUCAGAUGUUUGCCAGGAUCGUACUACCAAGGGGAACAGGAGCGCUGCAUCCAGUGCCCACCUGGCACCUUUCAGGAGAGGGAGGGGCAGCUGGCCUGUGACCUGUGCCCUGGCAGUGAUGGGCAUGGACCUGCCGGAGCACGCAACAUCUCCUCCUGUGCAGGUCAGUGCCCUACUGGCUACUUCUCCAGUGAUGGGUUUCAGCCAUGCCAGCCAUGCCCGUUUGGCUCCUACCAGCCUGACCUGGGACGGACCCUAUGCUUCCCCUGCGGAGGGGGGCUGAGCACCAAACGGGAGGGGUCCAGCUCCUUCCAUGACUGUGAGGUCAAAGUUCAGUGCUCCCCUGGCCACUACUACAACACUACGGUGCACCGCUGUAUUCGCUGCCCUUUGGGCAGCUACCAGACAGAGUUCAGACAGAACUACUGCAUCACCUGUCCUGGUAACACCACUACAGACUUUGAUGGGGCCACCAGUGUCUCUCAGUGCAAGAACCGAGAAUGCGGAGGAGAGAUGGGCGAGUUCACAGGUUACAUUGAGUCGCCCAACUACCCCGGAAACUACCCAGCUAAUGUGGAAUGUAUCUGGAUCAUCAACCCACCCAACAAGCGCAAGAUCCUCAUGGUGGUGCCUGAGAUCUUCCUGCCAUCAGAGGAUGAGUGUGGAGACGUACUGGUUAUGAGGAAGAACUGGUCGGCCACAUCCAUCACCACCUAUGAGACGUGUCAGACGUACGAGCGACCUAUAGCCUUCACCGCCCGCUCCCGCAGACUCUGGAUCAACUUCAAGUCCAACGAGGCUAACAGUGCCCGAGGCUUCCAGAUCCCCUAUGUCACCUAUGACGAGGAUUAUGAACAGCUUGUAGAGGACAUUGUCAGAGAUGGAAGACUCUAUGCCUCUGAAAACCAUCAAGAAAUUCUAAAGGAUAAAAAGCUGAUUAAAACUCUCUUCGACGUGCUGGCCCACCCAAACAACUACUUCAAGUACACCACUCGGGAGUUCAGCGAGAUGCUGCCGCGCUCCUUCUUGCGCCUCAUAAGCAGCAAAGUCUCCGCCUUCUUGCGACCAUAUAAGUAGUCAUCACAUCAAACCCCGCCCCUGAAGGACCAGAUCCCGCCCCCCUCUAACAGGCCAAACAACGAACUCUCACAGGACUUCUAACAAGUUGACAAAAAUAACUAUUUUUUUCUUCUAUUUUUUCAUACUGUAGGCUUUGACGACACACUUCACUAUGCAGUCUCAUACUCAAUCUGUUUUGCAGUAUUUAGUUGUAUGCCCUUUUAAUUUCUCCAAAACCAUGCAGUAUCUGAAGCCAACCAACUUGAGUCAAAGUACAGUACAGGCUUUCUUGCCCAUCUCUUCUUUCUGAAUAUUUAUCACAACUCCAAUAUGUUUGUGUCAUUCUAUUUUUUUGUUUGUUGCUGUUGUCAUUCUUGUUUCUAUUAUCAUAUAGCAUAGAUGGCCUUGUCUGUCAUUUUCACAGCAAUCCAUAAUUAGAAGGAUAUGUGUGCAUUUCAGAUGACACAUGUUGUCUGUUUGUUGACUAAAUGGACAACGGUAGAGGCAUUUAUGUCAAACAGGAAGAAGGAUAUAAGGGCAAUAUAAUAUUUUGAGCUGGAACAGGGUUAUCGUAAACGUGCUUUAAUAAAUAGUCUUUCACUUGAAUUCCAGCUUUAACUCUUACCAUGUCAGGAUGAGUCUGUUUUGAUAAAUGAAUAACCUUUUGUAUAUCUAUAUCCUCCAUAAGCAAUCCUCAAGGAGAAGGACCUGUCAGUUUCAUGUCAUUGUUACAUUCCACAACAUUCAAAGCCUUACUAUAUCUGAGCUCUUAGAGCAACUUCUUGUUAAGGUAUUACUGUUAAAACAGUUAUUCUAUGUUUUUUUCUUCUGUCCAGAUUGUAUAACUGUCUGUUACCUACCUACAGAUAUUUUCUGUUAGUCUAUAUCCAAGUUAACUUAACAAAGUGUAUAAAUUGUAGUUUAUAGUUUUUUUUCCAGAAGGUGAUGGACAUUAUGGAAAAGAAGUAUAAAACUAGAUUUGUGAGAAUCACAGGAGAAAGACAGAAUAAUGUCUCUAUGGUCCAUGACUGGUGAGGAGAGAGACAGAGAAAUGUCUCUAUGUUCCAUGACUGUUGAGGGAGAGACAGAUAAAUGUCUCUAUGGUCCAUGACUGGUGAGGAGAGAGACAGAGAAAUGUCUCUAUGUUCCAUGACUGUUGAGGGAGAGACAGAUAAAUGUCUCUAUGGUCCAUGACUGGUGAGUGAAACAGAGAUACAUCUUAAUUAAAGGACAAGGUUCUGUGAUACAGAAAAUGUCUUUAUUGGACACAACUCUGUGAGAGAGAGAUAGAGAAAUGUCUAUGAGGGACAUACGUUUGCUGCUUCUUUUAAAAAGGUCACUUUAAUUCUUCAAUUUCAAGUCCUCUUUCUGUGCUCGCAUCACACUAAUAGUCCAUUGCAUUAAUAUAAAAGAAUGUUGUGUUCAGAGAGAUGCAUCAUAAGUAUAAAUACAAUUCUACCGCCUGUCCUCAUGUAAGUUGAAAGACAUAUCACAUUUGCCUCUCCAUCCAUUACCAACUGAUUGUAAAGUUUUUCUUUCAAUCUAGUAAAUAAUGAAAAAAAAUUGGACACGGUUUGAAUCCUUUUUAAUCGAAAUAAACUUGAGCAGGAUCCCCAAACUAUUUUCUUUCCAUGUCCUCUUCACCCUCUCCCUAAUCCAAAGACCCCACCCCCACCUCCCCCCCAGCCCCCUUUUUCCCAAACACCCACGUCAGAUUCUGUCCCAAUAAGACCAGCUCUUCCAAAGACUGUCCGCUCGGCAAAAGCCUAGUUAUUAUCUUGUGCACUAGAUCUAGAGCCUGUCAUCCUACCUUUGUUGUAGUGCAAUGAAUGAAGUCUCCAUUGUGCUACUCCUCUCUCUGUGUCCAAAGAAAUACUAAAAAACAAUGUUAAUAUUUGUCAAAACAUAACAAAUGAUUGUCUUUUCUUGGACUAAUUUWAAAAAAAAUUGUGACUGGCGUUAGGGGUUUGAAUGAAGUUACUUUAUAUUCAGCAUCCCACUACAAUAAUGUUGAAAAAUGAAUAUAGUUGAUCAAUGCAAUACUAUUACAAUGUAAAAACAAAUGACAAUGAUAACAAGUAAUCCUAAUACACUCAAACCUUUGUUGAAGAAGAAUCAACAUGUUAGCUACUGCUCUUAAAUAUAAUGGAUUUCCCUUGGAAAAUCUGUUUUUAUUUUAUUUUAGAUUUUUUUUUGUAAAUAAAAGAGAAAAUAAGCAGUGUAAAUGGUAAAAGCUAUUGUACAAUACCUUUAGAUAGUUGUAAGCACAGGUGCUUCUGGAUUUUGACCACAUUGCUAAAUUGCAAGACAAGCGUGGCCUAGCCAUGCAGACCUCAUAGUCAGAAAGAACUGUUUAAAUACACAUCACAGAAUAUCUGCCAUAUCUGUAUUCUUUUGAAUGUUUGUUUUAAAGUUGCCAUUAGUAUUUAUACCACCCUGUUUUUUUUAAAUCCCAACAUUUCGAUGUCAAUAGCAACAGUCCAUAGCGCUCACUGUUUCCACCUGUCCCAACUCACUCUCUUCAUCCCUCUGUCCCUGCAGCCUGAACACAUCAGAUGGUUGAGUUUGUUUUUUUACAUGAGUUUGUUAUGAUGUAUCACAGAGUUGAUAAUGGUAUUUGCACUUGAAAAUUGUUAUUGCUCAUGUAAAAAUGUCUGGAUUUUGUAUUGUCUUUUUAAAUGAAUGGAAUUGCUGUUCUUACAUUUCUUGUAGCUCUCGUUUGUUCUCUAAAUGCUCGCCUACUGUGUUCAACCCAUGAAGAUGAAGAUGCACACGUGCAUGUAACUUUAUCAACUGUAAAAAUAAAAAAUACAUUUAAGUAUGUACAGAGAUGAAAUGAAACAAGAUUAUGAGCUUGUUUCUGUCAAAAACACUUAUCAAAAUAAACAUACUGUAAUUGAGUUUAA